GACGAGGGCGCCGCUGCGAUCGCCGAGGCGCUACGCGGCAACGAGGUAUUGACCUCCUUGGACGUGGGCGACAACAGCCUGACCGAGGAGGCGGCCCUCAGCAUCGUACGUGUCGAGCGGCAGCGCAACAAGCUCACCUCGCUGUUCUUGGGUAGCUGUGGCAUCGGCCCGAAUGGCGCAGCGGAGAUCGCCGAGUACAUGUACGUGUCGGGCAGCGGGGUGCUGACCACCCUCAACCUCCGCUACAACGGCAUCGGCGCCGAGGGUGCCAAGGCGCUGGCCUCCGCUCUGCGCGUCAACGGGGUGCUGACCUCCUUGGAUGUGCGCGGCAACAAGAUCGGUCCCACCGGCGCCACCGCGAUCGCCGACGCCCUCAAGGGCAGCGCGGUGCUGACCGACCUGAACCUCUUCGACAACAGCUUCGGCGACGAGGGUGCCAAGGCGCUAGCAUCCGCUCUUCGCGUUAACGCGGUGCUGACCAAAUUGAACCUCUGCAACAACGGCAUCGGCCCCGAGGGCGCCAAGGCGAUCGGCAAGGCGCUCGCGGUCAACGGGGUGCUCACCGACCUCAACCUCAGCUACAACCAGAUCCGCGACGAGGGCGCCGCUGCAAUCGCCGAGGCGCUGCGCGGCAACGAGGUGAUGAAAACACUCGACCUCUCCGGCAACCGCAUCAGCGACGCCGGCGCCAAGGCGAUCGCCGAGGCGCUGCGCGGCAACGGGGUGCUGAAAAGCAUCGACCUCCGCUCCAACCGUUUGGGCGACGAGGGAGAGAGAGUGGUUCGGGAUGCGGUGAGCUGGCGGGAAGGGCUCAAGCUCCGGGAAUGGUUC